UUCGGAAUCAAUGCUCAUCUCUACCCGAAGUACACACCGAAAAGCUUAGCUGUCAUGGCCAGCGUCAGUGAGAGUACUCAUUCGUCAUCCGAGUAUCCGCCCACCGACCCGCUACUGCCAAAUUCAGAGUCGUAUGCGAUGUAUCGCGACGACGGCAUUGAGGAGCAUCGCUUGGACGAAAAUGUAUUUUCUGACUGA